AUGAACAUAGCUUCCCAUUGGAACUCGCUGAUUCUCACCCCACUCAAGAGGUUUCUGCCAGCUGGCCCGGUACUCAUCGUCAUCGACGUGUUCGAUGAAUGUAGCUCCUCCCGCGAUCUGCUGCUGAAGCUGGUCACGGGGAGUUCUGGCAGCCUUCCUCCUAAUCUGCGCAUCCUUGUCAAUUCCCGUCCUGAGCGCGAUGUCAGGGUCGCUAUACGCUGCGCUCACAGCGACCAUUUGCGCUCAAUGGACCUCAACGAGAAGAAUGGAGAGGCGAGGUUGGACAUCGAGUACUACAUCCGUCACCAACUUACUUCUGAUGAGCCCCAUAUCGACGGAACGCUGGACGACAGAGACUUCCAAGAACUGGCUAACGAGUCGGAGGGCCUGUUCCAGUGGGCGGCAAUGGUAUGCAGAGCUAUCAAUCACAAGCCGGCCGGUCGCACGCUGAAGGAGCGGUUCCGUAGUCGUCCGCGCGCUGCGCAAGGUAAAGAGUACCCCCUCGAUCCCCUCUACAAACAAGUGUUAGGGAACCUGUUCAAGUCCGAAGACGCGGAACUCAUGGAUCACUUUCGUUCUGUUAUGGCCCAGAUCCUUUGCACCCCUUUCCCCAUUUCCACCCAAUUGACAGAUGAACUACGUCGCAUUGCAACUGGCGUUCAGGAGAACAAGGUUACUCUCAUAGUGGCGGACAUGGGACCACUUCUCUCUGGUGUAUCCACCCGGACAUCUCCCAUCCGUCCGCUUCACACAUCGUUCCGUGACUUCUUGACUGAUGCGGCUCGAAGCGGGGAGUGGUUUGUCGACCUGGCACGGGGGCAUUCCAUCAUGGCGCUCGGUUGCCUCCGCGUCAUGAACAAUCGACUGGCCUUCAACAUCUGCCGCUUGGAGACGUCCUACAUCCUGAACCGUGACAUUCCUGAUCUGGACUCCCGCCUUUCCACCUACGUUCCCCAAAGCCUGUUGUACGCGGCAUGCAACUGGAAUGAUCACCUCGCUACCACUCAUCUAUCGGACCUGCAACAAGAACUCAGCAUGUUUUUGCGAGAGAGGCUUCUGUUCUGGUUCGAAUUGCUCGGCCUCCUCAAGUGCGUCAAUCGCGCCGCACCUUCGUUGGAAGCCGCACUCAAGGGUGAUCCAUUGAAGGAGCUGUUGCGUGAUGCGAUUUCCUUCGUCCGCCGCUUUGCUGGUGUAAUAGCCCAGGCCGCUCCUCACGUCUACAUCUCAGCUCUGCCCUUCCCUCCGACGUUAUCCAAGGUCCGGACGAUGUAUCUCCCAUAUUUCCCCUCUCUUCCACUCAUUGAUGGUGUUUGUGACCAUUGGCCGCAGGCUCAUGCCGUACUGUCGAGGCACACAGGCUGGGUCUGUUCCGUGGCAUACUCCCCUGACGGCCGGCACAUAGUAUCAGGAUCGGGAGACAAGACGGUGCGAGUAUGGGAUGCAGAGACGGGCGAAGCAAUCCUGGAGCUGUCUUGUGGCGACUGGGUUUCUGGGGUUGCUUUCUCGCCGGAUGGCCGUCACAUUGCCGCAGCGCUCGAUGAUUUGACGGUGCAGAUAUGGGAUUCCACGACAGGGGAGGCUGUUUGCGAACCUCUCCGGGGUCAUGAGGGUGCAGUGUGGUGUAUCGCGUACUCUCCAGAUGGACGUCGCAUUGUAUCUGGCGAUAGUCGUGGUCGUAUUUGCAUCUGGUCCACGGAGACACUCAGGAUGGUUUAUAAGCCUAUCCCUGGCCAUGCAUCCCACGUCAACUGCGUUGCCUUCUCUCCGACUAGUCAGUACAUCGCGUCGGGUUCUGAGGAUAAAACAGUGCGGGUUUGGGACGCCGUAGAGGGACGUGCUGUCAGGGAGCCCUUCGAAGGCCAUACGUCGACUAUCUCUUCCGUCCUUUUCUCGCUGGAUGGUCUUCUGAUUGUCUCGGGAUCAUGGGACUCGACAAUCCGGAUCUGGGACUUCAAGAACCAACAGUCGUUGCACACGAUAUCCCACCACCUUCUAGAUGACGUAUGGUCUCUCUCGCUCUCUCCCGACGGCGGGCGCAUCGCUUAUGGAUUGAAGAACGGUAGCAUCCUCAUAUGGGAUGUGGAGAAACACGGGAUUGUCGCGGGGCCAUUUGUUGUGCACAGCAACCGGGUACGCGCUGUUAGCUUUUCACCUGACGGUCGCCAUGUCGUAUCCGGCUCGGAUGAUGCGACGAUACGGAUAUGGUCUACAGAGGAGAGCACAAGUGUAGAAAGCCCUGGCGAUGUCUCCUCCGAUUCAUCAGAUUCCGCCCCCACGAGCUCCGUGCGCUCGCUUGCGUACUCGCCUGACGGACGCCGAAUCAUAUCGGGCUCUUUAGAUGGCACGAUCGACGUGUGGGAUGCGGACACUGGCAAAUCCAUCGGCGGGCAUCUGAAGGGCCAUUCCCGCCGCAUAACUCGCAUCAGGUUCUCUCCGGAUGGCGGUCGCUUUGUUUCCUCAUCGGGGGAUCACACCCUUCGUGUAUGGGACUCGACUACACUCCAACCCCUCAGAGAACCUCUACAUGGCCAUACGGACUGGGUACAGGACAUUGAUUACUCCCCAGACGGCCGCCGGAUUGUCUCAUGUUCGCACGAUGGCACUAUUCGCAUCUGGGAUGCCGAGACAUACGAGUGUCUUCUCGGGCCUUUGUAUGGGCAUAAAGAUUGGGUCACGUGCAUUGCGUGGUCACCGGAUGGCAAGCACAUCGCAUCAGGCUCGUGGGAUAGAACAGUGCGGGUGUGGGAUGCUGAGACGGGGCACGCUGUUGGCAAGCCAUUCAGGGGCCACAAAGGCUGGGUCUUGUCUGUUUCAUGGUCCAUGGAUGGCCGGUAUGUACUGUCAUCCAGCGAGGACGGCACAAUCAGAUUCUGGGAUACAGAGAAAUGGGAAGAAGAAGGCGAGCCUUUACGCGGCCACGCCGACGCUGUGUACAAUGUGAUGUACACUCCGGACUACCAACAGAUUGUGUCCGGAGGCGAGGACGGGACCAUCUGGAUGUGGGAUGCACAGACACGACAGCCUGUUGGAAAAAGCCUGUCUAAUUGGUUCGGAAGUGUUAAUUCCCUUGCGCUCUCCCCGGAUGGUCGCCGUAUCAUAUCAGGUUCGUACCGGUCCACCCGAAUUGUUGUUUGGAAUGUAAACACUUUCACAGGCAAGUGGCAUCUCCUUUCUUACGUCUGA